CAUGGAUAUCAUUGACCUCGAAAGCAGGGUUAAGUACCUCAAUCCAGCAGGAGUCACUAUUAAUGUCAUGGAUAGAAUCCAACUUGAUAUUGGCCUCACUAAUCUGAACAAUUCCAUCGAGUGCGAUGAGCUCCUCUUCUGGGGAAGAAUCAAUGGCCUAAAGGCAGACUAUUUCAUUGCAGUUGCUGUAUUUUAUGAAGGAAAAUAUGAGUUCCCAGGGAAGAAGUUCUAUUGGGCCUCCAACAAUGACUUCAAGUUUGCUGAACUUCCUGAGACUCUUGAGCAGCAUCAUGAAUUUAUCAAUAAAUAUAACGACUUCUUCACUGGAGAUCAUACAAAAAUUUUAGAAAAUUUGGAAACCCCAGCUGGCGAAGGAGAAGGUGACCAAGCUGCUGAAGAAAACCCUGAGGGAGAAGGAGAAGAAAAUAACAAGGAUCUCGACACCGAGUCCGAAGAUGAUGAAGUCAAGGAACCUCCCAAGAACCUUACUGAACUAGACAGACUUGCUUUUGUAGUCAAAGCAAUUGAGAAUGACUGUCAAGUGAUCCCAAUGGGAAGCGUCAAACUCACACCUCUCCAUGAAGUAAGAAAGAAUGAAGCUUUCAAGGGUCUAGACCACACUAAUGGAUUUUUGGAAGAAUCCUAUCUCCACUUCAGAAGUGCUCAAAUUAAAGAUAAGAAAGAUCUGAACCAAAAAGAUGAUGCCAUCUUCAGGUCUGAUUUCUUAGAAUCUAUCGCUGAUGAUGAAAUCCAAGGAAGUUGGAGUGUGCAGCCAGAUACUACUAAAUCCCAGGUUAUCAUAAAGUCGCUCCUUUGGCCAGGAUAUCUUGCCUACCACAAGUUAAAAUCAAAGAUCUUUGGAGGAGUCUACAUCGGAGAUGGUACAAAGAAUGUUGACCUCCCAUUCAUGCUUUAG